GAUUGACAGAGGCUGCGCUUUAAUUUUAAAGAAGGUUGGCUCUGGAACGCCUUAUUUCUGUUCUUAAGGCGUUCGCUCCGAGGAGGAGCUCGCGAAGCCUCCCUGGUGGCCAAGCUCGUCGAUGGGUGGCUGGCGACCCGCUGCAAAGGAGGAGGAGGGGAAGGCGGCGCGAAACAGAAGGAAGAGGGGCGGCGGGGUGAGGACCAUGCAGGCCGGGCGGGGCUCUUGCCGCGGCAGUUAGGCACGCUGGGAAUAUCUAUGUAUUUCCGCAGCGUUGGCGUUUGUGCUUCCUAACUCGAUCUUUCUUAGACAUCUCUCCGUUUUGGUACUUUCCCGCUGCGGCAAAGUUUGGUUCUUUUGGUUCAGAACAGAGUGCGGUUCCUCAUGGGGAUGCCGUUGAGAGAGGGGCUGAAGAGACUGUGCCUUGAGUCAGGGUGGUCCUACGCUGUUAUAUGGAAGCCGGUUGUCUUCGAGCGUCGAGUACAUUUGAUCUGGCAAGAUGGGUACUGCAACAAGAAGCCCAAUAUCUCAAGCUUCAAGAUCUCUAAUUUCCUUCGUAAGGAAGAAGAUGUGGGUAUCAAGAGUGACGGCUUAGAGCUAGGCUGUGAGAAGCAUGAUGGAACACACGCUCUGGUUCACAAGAUUUUGGCAUCUCAGGUCCAUCUCGUCGGAGAUGGGUGUGUGCAUAUGCGCCAUUCUUGAUAUUACAUUUCUCUUUUAAUUUUUUUGG